AUGAAGGGAGGGUCAUUCUGGUCAGCUCCCAAUUCUAUUCUAGGCUCUUGGAUUUGGAAAAAGCUACUAAAGCUUCGUGAGGAUGUUAAGCCUUUCAUUCGUGUGGAGAUUGGUAACGGGGAAGAUGCAUCAUUCUGGUUUGAUGCUUGGAUGCCACAAGGUAGUAUCUUACACAUUACAGGACCUACUGGUCCUCGACAAUUAGGAAUUCCUCUACAUGCGACAGUAAAGGAAGCGAUAGGCCUUCAAGGCUGGAAAUUGCGUCGUUCAAGGUCAGCCACUCUCUAUCCACUCAUACAGGCCAUACGUGCUACUCCUCUGCCCGAUGCUCCUCGUGGUAAAGAUCAGUUUCUAUGGAAAACUGAUAUGGAUGGCUUCACGGGUCAGUUCCAUUCACUUAAAACAUGGGAACAAAUUCGAGAAAGUCAUCCUCAAGUACCUUGGGGUAAUCUCAUCUGGUUUCGUCAAGGAAUUCCGCGUUGUGGUUUCAUCUCUUGGCUCGCAAUCCAGAACCGUUUGUCAACAGGGGAUCGAAUGCGCCUUUGGGGACAACAACAACAUUGUGUUUUUUGCCGUGAAAUAGAUGAAACUCGAGAUCAUUUGUUUUUCGCAUGUCCGUACUCAUUCACACUUUGA